AAAAAUCAUAUAAUUCAAAAUGGAAAUUUUAAAAUGCUUUCUUUUGAGUUUCUGGAUAUGCAUUGUGCUUAUCUCCAACAUAAUGAUGGAGUCGUGUUCAAAGAGGGGACCGCGAAAUAGAACGCCAACAAAUUUUACUGUGUACAAAAGAACUCUAACUAUAAUCGCCGAUGGCGUACGAGUUUCACUCAAGAAAGCUCCAUGGCCAGACACGUGGCAGAACUUUUGGAAUGACGCUGGAUCGUCAACAGUAAAAUUUGGAAGAAAAUUCAUCAAGUGGGCUAAUGAAGAGUAUGGUUUCAAUGCUACUGCUCUCACAGAUGAACAGCUAACAAAUGGAGAGGAAG